CCCUGGCGCCUCUAGGCUUGGCAGUUCAGCACCUCUGGGCUUGCUGCACCAGUUAUGAAAGUAAAAACAUUGCUUGAGCCUCAGCACCUCUUUCAUUACAAAUUAAGCACUGAAUAAGACCUUAAUUUUCCUUGUCAGUUUGAGAUUUUCUGUCAGCUGAAAAGUGCUUAACCUGUGUGUGUUAUUCCUCAUGAGAGGUCCUUUCUAGCAACCCACUGGAGUUCUUUCAGAAACUUUAGAGCUGUAAGCUGCUCAAUAAAAUGGGGGUGGGGGAGGAUAAAACCUUAGAUUUGUCAGAUCCACGUUUUCCCACGUUUACUUCUUUUACAGAAGAGGCUCAGCUCUGCCACCUAGCGUCCUUUUUUCCACCCCCAGACUUGGAAAACCUACAGCUCCAGUCCUUUUAAGUUAUUAAAGGUGGAGAGAUUUUGACAGCGCUGUUAAAACUGCCUUUUAGCUGAAAGCAAAAUGUUCGCACUUUACUUAUAUGUUAAAUUUCUUUGGCCACUCUGAAUGGUUCUCAGCCCACAUUCAAUAAUUAAGAAUGGAAACCAUGAUUAACUUAAAGUACACUGCCAAGAAAUAUAAUAAAAUAUAUUUAAAAUGUUCCUUGUGAUUACAAGGUUCAAAAUUUUACCAACCAUUUUGUCUUUUUCCUUUUAGCAAAAAUUGAUUUUCCCUUCCCAGGCACAUACUCUUUGAAUGGCGAUAAAACUGACAUGACUGUUUUCAUUAACAUAAACAUUGAUUUAUAUUGCCACAGUAGUGAUAGUGAUCAAGACCCUGCUUCUGGUAACAAAUUUAGAGGAAAAGGUUCUUUUGGACGCAUUUUCCUGUAGGUUUAUUUGCUACACUUUGUAUCUAUCUCUACAAUUUCUUUAGGUGUGGUACCUUGAUUUCUUCUUUAGCCUAUUUAGAAACAUGAGGCUAUUUUAGAUAUCUUGCAAUUUAAAUAAAAUUACAGUUAGAUUUUAACAUACAUUGAAAUGUCUGUAGAUACCCAAGAUAACAAGCAAAUAGGUGGACUUUGUUACUGGCUCUGUUCAGUCACAGCUUUUUCAGGAUUUUACACAUGGAUAGAAAUGGUGUGAAUAAAGUCAGUAGCACUUUAUGACACCAAAACACUUUUGAACCUGUUUAGACUCCCACUGAUUGCAAUAGAUGUAGGUACUUCAUGAAGUAAUAUAUUUAAUGUCAGCACAGCUGUGAGGGAAAUGGGCCAAAUUCCUCUCUAUACUGGUGUAAAUCUGAUGUAACUAUAGUGAUGUUACUGGAGUGCCAUUGUAACUGAGAAGAGACUUUGAUCCAAUGUUUGAAGAAGCUACUCCUGAACAGCCAGCAGACUGAAUACAAAAUAUUAAUUGUGUAGGCCCAACAAUAAGAGACUACUGUCUUUAAAAAAAAAUCAGUGAUUUAGUUAGAAGUUUAAAACAACAAACAUAGAGAGUAGAUACUUAGAAUUCACAGGACUUUUCUCAGCACUUCAUAGCAGUUGUAGUUUGGUUCAAAUUCGGAGCCUAAAAAAAUCAUAGCUUGUAUUCAAACUAAAUAAUCUUUGAAAGGACACUAUCAUAGGCUUUCCAUUUUUGAAAAAUAUAUAACUUUCGUAUGCUACUUUCUUAGAACCUUGAAAAGUUCCCUUCACUUUUUUUUUCUAUUUAGCAAACAUUAUUUUCCCUGCUCUUUUUUCCCCACUGGAAGUGAAAUUGACAUAUCUGAUUUGCUGAACAGCCUUUUGGUUACUGGCAUAACCACUGAUGUCAAGCAAAGUUUGGAGAAGAGUGAUUUUUGUUGUUUUUUGGUGGGCCUAUGCCUUUAACCCCAGAGUUUAUUUAACUGGUGCUACUACAGGGGAUGCAGGAGAGCUCUAUAGCACAAAUCAUUAUGACAUUUUAUCCUUUUAAAACUUUGAUUGAUUUAUUUUAUUUACUGGAGGCAGAAUGUUGGAUUAAAAAAUCCCUAAAAUAUCUGUUUUCCAUCAGGUUAUAACAAUUAUAGCACAUAAGAGAUUAGAGGCCUAAACUACUCUGACAGUGUUUUUAAAAUAGACAAGAAGAAUAAAGUACAAAUGUGUUUGACAAUUUAGAUAUCUGUCCUAAUAAGGAAAAAAAAUCAAAAUAGCACCCACCCAAUUUAUAAUCUUGUCUGUCAUGUCUGCAAACCAUUCUUUGUUGAAUAUAUUGGUCACAGAGCAGCAGCUUCCCACAAGAGAUCCCCCUUUCCUUCCCUCAUCAGAUUAAAAACAAAACAAAACAUCUCUGUCACAAUACUCACUGUGUACCAGAGGUGCUGCAAGAAGUUCAAUGACAGAUGUGGAAGACCUCUAUCACCUUGCACCAGUGCACCCUGAACCAAGUAGGCUUGCCAGCAGACAGGAUGCCUGUAGUACAAUGAUGAAGCAAACAGAAGGGUGUGAAUGGUAAACAUUAUCUAAGAUAAAUGCCUUUUCCUCCCACCCAGCUUCCAGAGGAAAAUGAGAUAGAAGCUAUCCCCUACACAAAAAUUAUUUAUAAUUCUAUUGUUAUAAUAACAGAACUGUGUCUCAUGGUUGAUCCUUAAUCUGAGCCCUGGAGAAAAUGUGAUCUGAUUUCAAUCAUUGCAGCGUUCAAAAAGCAAUCUGCUUGGGAGGAAUGGGAAUCUUUGAAUUUCCUACAAGCAUCGCAAGUAUUUUGUGUUAAUUAUAAGUGAAUAAAUUGCUGUAAGAAGUGUUAUACAAUGUAUCAGCAUCUGUGAUAUAGGCAUGAAUGUGAAAAUAUUUGUGAUGACAGGUGUCUACCCACUUUCUCAGUGCCCUUUUAAAUCAGUGAUUUAUGCUUGCUGUCUCUGCCUUCCCUUUCCCUUUUCUGCUGGUCCUUUCUCAGAAUGAAUCCUCUCCCUGAGGAACCGAUUUUUUACACCACAUGCUGAUUUUUUUCCUUUCGGUGCUGAAAGGAACUAAUAUUCACAGAUAAUCACUUUUCCCUUCAUGCAGAAAGUAAAGCUCCCCAUGUACACUAGUUCACUUCUCCCCAUCCAACUCAUCGAACGUAAAGGAUAGAAUAUAUUUCCCCCUUCCCACUCCUCAAUAAUUUAGUGCAUUAUCACACACACACACACACACGGGAGUGGGAGGGAAGAGAAGAGGGGAGGAGAAAUGCAAAAGGGAAAAAGAGACUCAGAAAUCUCAGCUGCACUUCUGGCCCUUUUAAAAAGUUUGCUCUGUAAAUUGGAAUGAGGUCAGAUUUGGAGCUUCUCAUUGCACGCGGUGAUUAUUAUUGCAUCGGGUUCCAAGCCAAUAGCAGCCGGCGGGGUGGGGUUUGGCACGAGGAAGCGUUGGAUACAGCGAGUGAUUGGCCGGGGCGAGGACUGUGAAAGGAUAAAGAGGCGCUAGGCGGAAUUUGGGGUCCGCUCUAAGCUGCAGCAAGAGAAACAGUGUGUGAGGGGGAAGAGGCCAAUACCAGUAGCCCCGGUCUGUGUAUGUGUCUCUCCUCUCUUUGGGGUUGUGCAUGCAAAGGAAGGGAAAACGGGACUAUAUAUAUUUAUCGCAUUAGUCACCGCUCUUCCACCGGGGAAGGUACACAUUUAUUCAUGCUACCCGGUUGCAUGAGUGGGUUUUUUUUUUUUUUUUUUUUUUGUUCAGUACCUCUCAACAACCAAAUAAUUAACUGCACAAGCUCCUGAUCACUGACUGCACAGCCACGAGUCCUGGAGUCCGGUUUUAAUUUUUUUUGUUUUUUUGUUUUGUUUUGAUUUUUUUGUGUGUGUGUGUGUGUGUUGCCGGGCUCAGUAGUGGGAGGCUUUACCAGCGCGUGUGCUGUUUUCCUGAAACAUCUUGGGCAGAGAAAAAGCACUUGUGAACUGGAAUCAACUGCUUCGGGAAGGGGAGGGGGGAAACACUGACAAGAAGAGGGGGAAUUGCAGCAUUUUUUAAAGAAACUCUAUGUCUGUUCCACUUUGAGCACUGGCUGCUGCCCCUAAAUUAAUAGAGAGCAAAGGGGGAAGGACUGCACAGAGCGCUGGAGACGAGCCUGUCUGGAACUACAACUACUUAGCAGAGGGGCUGCGCGCUGGCGAAGGGCUGAACAUUUUGCUGUGGUUUGGGACUGUCUGAUUCGUUCCCCUUCCUCGUUGUACUUGUUAAAGUUGAGAGCAUUUUUUUUUUUUUUACGUUGCACUGGUGUCGAGCUGAGUCCCGGCGACCUCCCUGCAAGCCGCCGCCGCCGUGUGUGUGUGAGACCCAGAGAUGGUGCAGCAGACUAACAACGCGGAGAACACGGAAGCGCUUCUGGCCGGAGAGACCUCGGACUCCGGGGCCGGCAUCGAGCUGGGCAUCGCCUCCUCUCCCACGCCGGGCUCCACCGCUUCCACCGGGGGCAAGGCGGACGACCCGAGCUGGUGCAAGACCCCCAGCGGGCACAUCAAGCGGCCCAUGAACGCCUUCAUGGUGUGGUCGCAGAUCGAGAGGAGGAAGAUCAUGGAGCAGUCCCCGGACAUGCACAACGCCGAGAUCUCCAAGCGCCUGGGCAAGCGGUGGAAGCUGCUCAAGGACAGCGACAAGAUCCCCUUCAUCCGGGAGGCGGAGCGGCUGCGGCUCAAGCACAUGGCGGACUAUCCCGACUACAAGUACCGGCCCAGGAAGAAGGUGAAAUCGGGGAACAGCUCCGCCAAGCCCGGCGAGAAAGGAGACAAGAGUGGCGGGGGCAGCCCUGGCGCCGGCGGGGGCGGCACCGGCAGCGGCAGCAGCGGGGGCAGCACGAACUCCUCCAAGCCCGCCCUGAAGAAGAGCGGCGGCUCCAAGCUCUCCCCCGGCGGCGGCUCCGGGGCCAGCAAGCCGCACGCCAAGGUGAUCCUGGGCAGCAAAGCCGCCCCCUUCCCCGCCGAGCCGCCGGCGCAGGCCGCCCUGCUGCCCCCGGACCACCACUCGCUGUACAAAUCCCGCGGCGGCGGCGCGGCCGCCAGCUCCUGCUCGGCCGCCGGCAAACACCCCUCGGAGAAGAAGCUCAAGCGGGUCUAUGUGUUCGGCACGGGCGGGGGCCACGGGCAGAGCGCGUCCUCCUCCCCCGGGGGCGCCGUGCCGGCCAGCCCGACCCUGAGCUGCUCCACGGAAGCCAGCGACCCUCUGAGCCUGUACGAGGAGGGGGGCGCCGGAGGGUGCCAGCAGGACGGAGACUGCAGCAGCGUCUCCUGCCCUUCCCCGCCGGGCAGCAGCUCCCCUUCGGAUCACCGCAGCUACACCAGCCUGAGGGCCUCCUCUCCGGCCCCCUCCACCUCCCAUUCCUCCUCGGCUUCCUCCCAUUCCUCCUCGUCCUCCUCCUCCUCCGGCUCCUCUUCCUCGGACGACGAGUUUGAAGACGACCUGUUGGACCUGAACCCCAGCCCCGGUUUUGAGAGCAUGUCCCUGGGCAGCUUCGGCUCGUCCGUGCUGGACCGGGACCUAGAUUUUAACUUCGAGCCUGGCUCGGGCUCGCACUUUGAGUUCCCGGACUACUGCACCCCGGAGGUAAGUGAGAUGAUCUCAGGGGACUGGCUGGAGUCCAGCAUUUCAAACCUGGUCUUCACUUACUGAGGAAAAUAAAUAAAUAAAUGCCGGGGGAGACGUAGACACACACUAUUGAGAGGACUCGCCCACGCUGUUGGGUGUAUCUUUUUUCCCUUGGAGGGGCUGAUGAAACUGACUUGCUGUGCUUUUAAAAAACCGAGAUGAUAAAAGGCAUCAUCCUUU